AUGCUCGCCAAAAGCUCGGAUCGGCCUCUCAGCCCUCUCCGCAUCAAGCAGGAGGGCAACUUCUACGCCAGGCUCCUCUCCAAGGAAAGCUCCCUGUCGGCCACCCCUUCCUUCAGGGUCUACUAUGGCGUGUCGUCCGGCUCGGUGCCCUUCGUGUGGGAGUCGCAGCCGGGGACGCCCAAGGCCACCGUAGCCGCCGCAGGACUCCCUCCCCUCACCCCGCCGCCCUCCCACUUCCACCACCCCAGGAAGAUCAUGGCCACCAAGAAGAAGAGGAGAAGGGCGUCGAGGUUCAGCGUCCUAGCCACCUUAUUCCGCAGGAUUAUUCUAAGGAAGCCAUGCAUGCCGCGUUCGCCAUUGCCCUUCUCGCCGGUCUCCUCGUUAACGUCCUCCCCCUUCACUCGAUUAAGCUCCUCGAAUUCUCUGCAGCGGUCUUCCUUCUCCUCCGGGGGGGACGACAACGACGACGACGACGACUCGGAUGGCGGAUCAACGAGAUCCAUGCUUUGCUUUCCGGUACAGCGGAUCCCACGCAUCAGCCUAUUCCGUCGACGCCGUGAUCACAAGAAAAAACUGGUCCGGAAGCACGGAAAAGGAUCUGCUUAA